AUGGAUCAAAGAAUCGAUGAUGCCAUGGUAGAUGUUAUCACCAAGAUGAACGGCAUCACAGAGCAUCUUCGAGUUCAUAAUUUUGUAGACUCUGCAAAUAAAAUUGCACGGAACGUCCACGAAGUCAUCAGCAUCUUUACUGAUGCAGUGGUCAAAUUAUCGGAGGAUCAGAUGGUCAUCUGUGACGGGCGAAAAAUCGCGUCAAAUACAAAGCCGCCCGAGCCUCGAAACACUGAACAAGUGCCCAAGCAGAACGGGCAAAAUACGGUCCUUUACUCGGACGUCGCUCGCCAGACUCCCGGCCCGACGGUCGUUCAGGGCCCUAUUCGAGCCGCACAUAUGGUAGGAACUAGACAAACUCCAGCUGUCACAUACCGAGCACCAAAUACACUUGGCCUUACAGCGACCAUCCCCUCUCAAAUCAACCCGGUGGUUCCAGUUGGUCACCCACCAGUCCGAGAAUCCAGUGAAGAAAAGGGGGCAAUUUUGACAUUAAGUGGCGCCUUUGGGCCCCAUUCGCUGAAUUUCUUGACUUCAAAGAUCCGCGACGGCCCGCUUUAUAGCAUAGAGAUCAAUUAUGUGCAGGGUUUUGCUGAAAUCACUUUCCAGAAGGCAGCACAUGCCCUGGCAUUUUUGGAGCAGGAGCGCAUAAAACGCGCAAGAACUGGCUCCGGGAUGUUUGGUGCCGGGUUUAAGAUCAUCUGCGCUUCAGAAGUGGCUUGGGACGAUGCCUUUCGCAAGAUGGAAGACAAGCCGCGGGAACGACGCAGAUUAACGCUUGCUCGAGCUGGCCUCCUUGGAGGUAAUCUCUCAGUGAAGAAAAUUCUAAAUGAUAUGGGCCAAAUUGUUGGUGCUGACGCUGUUGAGUUCAUCUGGGCAUUCAAUGCCGGCAACGUGACUGCCGUUUUCAAAAGUGUUGCUACAGCACGGGCGGUUCGCGAUCAUAUUAUGGUCAUGGCCUCCCACGAAGACAAUGCAUACUUCGAGGUGCAAGUCACAUUCUCAACCGAUCCAUGCGAGAGACAGCUGAACUUAGAGUCUCAGUUCGGCAUCCCACAGCAUCGCCGCAACCUAAUGCGCAGAAAUGUGAAAAAAUAA